CGCCUUCCUUGACAUCUUCAAACAGGUGUCAAAACACUUAUAUCCGUGUCCUGAUUUAAACUAUUCUUCCACAUCAGCCAUCCAACAUCAACGUCACUAAUCCACGCCCGAUUCAUUAUUACCAUCUCCUCACUCUUCAAAUCACUCCUCGACAUCGUCAACUUUUCCACACUCGACAAUGAGUGGUAGCUCCCCCACGGCCGCCGACGCCCGCGAAGAUGUCGAGGCCGGAAAGCCAGCAUCGCGCCCCAAGCCGUUCCUCCCGGACUGGCCAGGCUUUGGGCCACACUUCCGGGCAAUGUCAUUUGACAUAACAAUCUUCUGGCUUCUUGCGCUCGCGUCACUUGUUCUGUAUCUUAAGCCGCCAGGGUUGGCACGCCCAUUACUCUUUGUGCUUUAUCAGGACGGACUGCCCGAUAGGUUAGACAUUGCCGUCCCUUACGCCGACGAGAUUCUCGACACCUAUGCGUCCGCCGGCAUCGCGACCGGUGUUCCUAUGUUUGUGAUACUUGUGGUGGAACUGGGGUGGAUCCGAAGCUUUCGAAGCUUAGAGGCUGCUACUGGAGGCUUCCAGAUGGCUCUUGUAUGCACAUCCUUUGUCACCACCGUACUCAAGGUGACCGUGGGUGGCCUACGCCCUCACUUCCUCGCCGUCUGCAAUCCGGACCAUGCUAUGCCCGGGAUUGGCUACGCAAACCUCUACUACACCCCCAUAAUCUGUAACGGGAGCAACGCUCACGACAUCCUCGAAGCCCAAAUGUCCUUCCCAUCCGGCCAUGCUUCCAGCGCAUUCGCCGGCGCCGUGUACCUCUGCCUAUGGCUGAACGCAGUACUAAAGAUCUUCUCCGGCUGCCGAACGUCGUACUGGAAGCUGCUCGUGUUCUUUGUGCCGCUGCUCGGGGCGAUACUGCUCGGACUGAGCAAAGUGGCUGAUAGCUAUCACCACAUGUCGGAUGUAAUUACCGGUGCCGCUAUCGGGAUCUUUUUCGCACUGCUAGCGUACCGGGGUGCGCAUGCGAGUAUUUGGGACUGGAGAUAUAACCACAUGCCGCUGAGUCGCACGGUGCCUUUCGACUACGAGGCCCCCUACGUGGAGGUCUCAGACCUCCGGGAUUUCCGGGCGAGAUCUCCGGUCGAAAAUGGGGGUUGAUGGAGAUGUUCGGGCGGAAGUCUGAUGAAUGGAUGGCUAUUCCCUUUCUUUUUUUUCUCCUUGCGCCGUGAUCUCUUUUACGUUUCCUAGUUGAAAGACCUUUAUAAAAGGCACAUUAAUGUCGAAAGUGUACCCAUUUCUU